GUGUGUCUUCCUCUGACUCCGCCUCCAUUAUUUGCAGGGUAUAUGUACUGCUGCAGACUCUGAUCCAGCAGAAGAAACAGCUCACCUGCAGACCAUAAAGCUGAUAUUCAUCCACAGAGCUGAGACACACACUUCACACAAUGGCUGGGGAUCAACGAGUUGUAAUCAGUGCUCGCAUUGUUGGAGCUAUGCACAGGGACACACCUAAACUCAAGAUGUUCGUGAUUUCUGUGUUGUGGUCGGACAACACUGAAGUGAUCAUUUACAGGUCCUUCCAGGAGUUCAGGAAAUGCCAUAGGCAGCUGAAGAAGAGAUUCCCUAUCAUGAACAUUUUCAAGAGAAAUGACAGAGUUAUCCCCACAUUUAGAGGACAGGCCAGGAAGAGCAGCCAGAAGAAAGGAUCCAAGCGCUCCAUCCAACGCAUGAAGUUCCUGGAGAGCUACUGCGAGAAACUUCUGAAGUGCGAUCAAAGUGUGACACGGACCACAGAGGUGACUCAGUUCUUCAUGCCCAAAGAUCACGACCUGCUGCCAGACUUCACCAAGAACAGCAUCAUGAUCCUGAUGUCUGAUUGUGGAGGAGGAGAAGUUUCUCACCAGCCUAGAGGCAGCGUCACUCACCCGUUUGUCACCCAGACUUACUCCUGCGUGGCCGCCUACGAGACAAAAGAUUCCAAGAAUCGUCCGUUUAAGGUCGCUGUGGACGAGACGCUGGACGUGCUGAUCAAAGAUCCUGCAGGUUGGUGGCUGGUUGAGAACGACUCAAAGGGUUUGGCUUGGUUUCCUGCUCCCUACCUGCAGUUAUUGGACGGAGAGGAUGAGGAAGACACUGUAUUCCAGCAUGCAGUUGAGCUGUACUGUGCCGUGAGGAGUUACACAACGAAGAGGCACGACGAGGUGUCUGUGCCCAUCGGCUCCGUGGUGGAGGUGCUGAGGAAGUCUGACGACGGCUGGUGGCUCGUCAGAUUCAAUGGCAAGGCAGGUUAUACCCCCUCCAUGAACCUUCAGCUCGAUCGCGAUGUCACCGGUCUGCGAAGUGAUUCUGCAGCUCAGUUCAGAGGGCGUCUCCACAAGGCCCGGUUCCGGGACGUCCUCUCCGAGACCCGGACGCAGAUGGAGAGGGAUGCAGAAGAAGCCAGAGCACGAAGCAUGAGCAGCACGAGCACCGAUAUCAGCUUCUCCGACUUCGAAUCCACAUCCAACUUAGCAGACAUAGGAAGUCCUUUGGCAACGCCUCAGCAAAGCGACAGUAACAUUGAUCUCAGCCUCUUAGACCGACGUGGCUCCGAUACCAGCGACGAGAGGUCUGAAUCUGCAAGCUCCAAUGUUUCUAGGACAUCAUCUGUCGUUCCCCAGGUGCCUCCUCGACCCAAAACAGAGGAGAUCCUGACCCGAAAGGCAGCUCUGGCCAACAGGACCCGGCUCCAGAGUCUGCCGUAGACCAUCCACCGCCACUAGGGAGUCACAUUCCUUAGAUUUAUUCAGUGUGCAUGUAACAUGUUCACCAUAACAGGUUCUGUCAGUCAGUUGUGCAAUAUUGUUCAACAUGUUUGCCAUACUAAAGAUUUAAAACGUGCGUAAUAGCAUAAGAGGAUGCCAAGAAAUUUCACGUGAGGUUUGGAAAUAUCACUUGGUACAACAAUCAUAUUAAUAAUAAUGUAGCUUCAGUGAAGCAUUUUAAAGGAGAUGAAGAAAAUGUAUUGAACUUUUAUUAUUUUCUUUAGCUUUGAAACUACUUUUCCAGGAAAUGCAAGUUAAAUAUUUACAUUCAACUGUUUUAAGUAUCAUUCUUUAAGUUUGUUUACGGUUAGGAACUAUUCAUGAUAGAAAAGAUAAGUCAAUCAUUAAACUAUUAAGCACUUUUACCACUAUUUACUUUAAUAAAUUAAUUCACAGCAAAAACUUCACAAUUCAUUUAACAAUGUUUACUUUGUUAUAUUUGACUAUCUUAUACUGUAUUUUAAGGUUCCUAUCAAGUUCUUGAUUAAUUUCUGUUUUGUUGUUUAUUGCAUGAAUAUGUAUACUGAUGGCCUUGUACUGUAUGAAACAAGAGUGUGUAUUUCCACCCUAAUUCAUCAGGGUUAAUGGCCAUAAGUUAUAAUAAAAACGAAAAUGAGCUUUAUUGA